AUGGCCGACGCCAGGGACAAGAUGUACAAGUACCGCCAGGAAAUCAGUCAGAUGAUGUACGUCUCUGGCGAGACUGGCGAGCCUUCCGUCGAAACUACAAGUAUCAUUGAAGACAUUGUGCGACAGCAAGUCAUUGAGCUGCUGCGAAACUGCACAGAGCUCGCCUCCCGCCGCGGCUCCAAAUCCAUACACACAAACGACCUCAUCUUCCAGAUCCGCCACGACCAGGCCAAGGUCUCGCGCCUGCGCACUUUUCUCUCCUGGAAGGACGUGCGCAAGAACAUCAAGGACUCGGACGAUAAGGGCGCCGACGCCGACCUCGCCGCGGGCGACGACCCCAGCAACGUCGCCGGCCCCGUCGACGAAGCCGCCAAGAAGAACAAAAAGGCCAAGGUCGGCCUGCCGUGGGAGCCGGCGUCCUUUUUCAACGUCGAGGUGCCCGAGCGCGACGACGAGGAGGACGAGGAGGAAGAGGAGAUGAACCACAUCACCCUGCAGCGCCUGCGCAAGGCCGACGAGCGCACCAAGGUCAUGACGCGCGAGGAGUACGUGACGUGGUCCGAGUACCGCCAGGCGUCGUUUACCUGGCGCAAGGGCAAGCGCUUCCGCGAGUGGGCCGGCUUCGGCAUCGUCACCGACAGCAAGCCCUCGGACGACAUUGUCGACAUUCUCGGCUUCCUGACGUUUGAGAUGGUCCAGACGCUGACGGAAAUGGCCCUCAAGGCCAAGGAGCAGGAGGACAUGGCGCGCGCGCAGAGCGGCAGCGGCGACAACCACCACCAGCAGGGCACCAAGAAGCGCAAGCACCAGCACGGCCUCUUUGAUCCCCCGAGCGAGGGCCGCACGCCGAUUGAGCCGCGGCACGUGCAGGAGGCGUUUCGCAGGUUCCAGCAGCGGCCCAAGAAGACGAGGGCCAUGCUCAACGGUACGCGCCUCGCCCAGCACACGGCCCUCAACAUCUUUUAG